CUUAGGUUCUUAUAGCAGCUCACUUACCCUAGUUCCCCGCGUCAACCUAUCUCCAUCACCUAUUUACCUCAAGCCAACGCAUAGCGCCCAAUUUGAAUUGAUUAUCAAUCAUAAGAUGUCAGCUACCUUCGAAUCUCUACCCAAAAUUGGACUAUUGUCCAUUGGCGAUAUGGGGGUCGGUAUUGCAAAACUACUAGUUGCCAACGGUUUCACCGUUGCAACCAAUAUCUCUGGCAGAAGCAAAGAUACCAUCGAACGAGCUCGGGAUGCAGAAGUUGAGCUCCUCGAGUCUGAUGUUGAUCUGGUCAGGCAGAGUUCCGUUAUACUCUCCAUUGUGCCGCCUAAAGACGCAGAGGCAACAGCCACUCGUAUUACAGAUGCGUUAGCAGGCUUAGAGACUACGAAAGAGCUUUACUUUGUCGAUCUCAAUGCUGUUGCACCUUCGACAGUCAAGGCCAUUGCGGCAUCUGUUAAGAGAGAAAACCUGCCUAUACGAUUCGUUGACGGAAGCAUUCUUGGGCAUCCUCCCAAGAAGACGUCUACCGAUGCCGCAACAGAAUCAUCAAGCAGCAACGACUCUUCUGACUGGUACCGUCCUAGCAUUCCUAUAUCAGGCUCGGAUGGUUUCAGCUCGCUCCCUUUUGGAAAGAAACUGAUAUCUGUUCUCAACAUGAAGCAAAUCUCUCCUGAUAUCGGCGCUGCAAGUGGUCUAAAAAUGUGCUUUGCUUCCCUUUCAAAGGGAUUCACCGCCAUUGCCACUCAAUCGUUCACGACUGCACAUAAUCUUGGCGUCUUAGGCGCUCUUAAAGAUGAGAUUGGUACAUUUUAUCCAGCCAUGCUUGCCAACGCUGAAAAGAGCGUUCCCGGCAUGCCACCUAAGGCGUAUCGCUGGGUGCGAGAGAUGGAGGAGAUUGCUCUCACUUUCAAUGAGGAAGCGGGCUGGGAUAAAAGGAUGUUCAUGGGUGCCGCGAGUGUCUACAAAGAUAUUGCGGAGAAUGAAGUACUUGGAAACGAGAAGACGGGCAAGAGGAAGAGGGGAACAACGCUGGAUGAUGUCGCCGCAGCGGCAGCGGAAGGAUUGCACAAGAAGCAAAGGCCACAAUAAAUAAACGCAGGCAGAAUAUUAUUCACAUACACAUACAGCCAUCUCUAGUCGCUGGGAGGGGUACUUAUACAUUCUUAUAAUACAUACAACAACCGCUAGUGAAGACCAUCAACACCGUGCUGACCUAUACAAUAUAGAUUCGAGAGUUAGGCACGUUGAGUUUCCAGUCGUUGUUGAACCCAGGUUUCGAAAACAUGGAAGCAUCAGAUGAGGUUACAAAUAUGCCUACGUUGGAGAGAGCGCCGAAAUGAUUCUCCAACAAUCGUGCCUCAGGUUGAUAUGGACUCGCAUCAGUUUCAUCCUCGACCUUGCUGGAUGUUCCAAACACCACACCGGUUUGUUUCUUUCCGACCGGCUCGCUAGCAGAAGAAUCUGUUGAUGCAAAGAACUGGAUUUUGGAACUCACAGGGACAAAAUUGCCCCCUUCCAUAGCUUGGAUGAACCUUUGCAUCUCUUCUUCUUCAGAUACAACAAAGUGAGUUUGCUCGGGGUCAAGCGACAGCAAACCCUUCUUUGCCCCCCAACCGCCG